AUGGCCGAAUCAUCACCUGCGCGUUACGAAGAUUCGGAAUUCAAGAGUCCGGAAGCAAGCAUUGGCAACGACAGAGAAGAGGGAUCGAUCGGAAAAAACGUUCCCGCCAUUCCCAAAGGAAUAUUCGACAAAAAACCUCGCUACGACGGCGAAUACGACGACCAGGGUCCUAGUAGGGGAGAGGGGUCGUACGGACAGGGCGGUUAUGGAGGAAGAGGUGGUAUGUAUUCGGAAAGAGAGGGCGGAUAUGGAAGACAGCCGAAUUAUCCUUCCGGUGGCGGCUAUGGUAGAGAUGUACCUUAUGGUAACGGUGGUAAUUACGGCGGUGAAUCUAGGGGACCUCUAGGAUUAGGACGACUUGGGGGAUUAGGUAGACUUGGCGGAUUGGGCAGACUUGGCGGAAUUGGAAGAGGCGAAGGACCAGGAGGAUAUGGAGGAAUGGGAAGACCUGAAGGACCAGGAGAAUAUGAAGGAAUGGGGCGACCUGGAGGAUUAGGAAGGCCUGGCGGUUUAAAUCCAAUGGCAGCUGUGGUUUGUUAA